AUGAUGCUAGAUGGAGGUAAAAUAAAAGAGAUUCAAGUUAAACUUCUUCUAAGUUCACGUUCAGAGAUGCAUAAAGUUAUCGAAGCGGCGCGACAAAGUGUGCCAAUUUUAUCACUAUCUACAGCAGCGCCGGCGCCGAUCGUUGCCCACGUUCCACCAGCCAUAUCCAAAUCCGUCCCAGUCUCAGUACCUACUCCGCCUAUUAUCACCCCGUUCUCUGCAGCUCUAGGCUCCAACCCCCUAGCUAGCUUUGGCAUACCAGGCCUCGGAAAUCCACAAGAAAUACCCCAACCGGCCGUUAUAGAACCCCCUCCACCACUCAUAAGUCCCUCUCACAGCCAAUCCGCUGAUGAUGAGAGGGAGAAGGGGAAAGAUGGAGAUAAACUCGAACGCAAAAAGAAAGACGAAAGGAGACGAUCCAGGUCGCGGACCAGAUCACGCGACCGAGAUAGAAAAGAUCGAAAAAGAGAUCGUAGAGAUCGGUCCAGGUCACGGGAUAGGAGACGUCGCGACCGAAGCCGUAGCAGAGAACGUCGCGAUAGAAAGAGAGAUAGAAAAGAUCGUAGCUAUUCGCGUGAUCGUUCUCCACGACGAUCGCGUGACAAACGUAAUAACGAUAAGAAGUUAUCUCCGCAAUCGUCACAAGAACGGGCAAUGAAUGCUCUCGGUGACGCUAGUCGCUCGCCAUCGCACUAUGCUAACAAGGCUGCGAACAUUAUUGGUAUGACUAAUCCAAUAAUGAAUAACGGACUUCUUGCUAAUCCUAACCCAGUAAAUACUCGCUUCAAUGAUCCGUCUAUGGCUGAAGCGUUGAAUAAGCUGCAGGAAUUGGGAAAGAAAAGAAAUCCUAAUGCAUUCCAGGGAGAACAACAAAAUGGUGGCCCAAAUCAAAGAGGAGGUUUUCGUCGUGAAGGGCGCCGAUUCGAUGGUCCAGAUAGUAAUAAUUGCUGUGUAGUAAUUAAAAAUGCGCCUAAUCAUACAAGUUAUGGCGACGUUCGCCGCUUCUUUCCUUACAUGAUUGAUAAACAUGGUAUUAAAAUGAUAAAUGAUAACACCGGGCGUCGAACAGGUACUAUUUACGUACGUUUUUGUGACCCUCAGUCAAAGCUUGCGGCUUUGCAAAGAAAAACAAAUGAGCUUAAAGGUGCCAAGGUUGUAGUCGAGAACCUAGAGGACGAUGUGUACGAUUCCGCAGUCGACUCGUUCUUGCCCUAUCGGGAUGAUAAUGAUGUUGAAGAAGAUACUAACAUUAAGAAUGAAAUGAUAAACAAAAAUGUCACAUCUUAUAAUGUACUCAAAUUAUCAGAUUUACCGCACUAUGUAAAAGAGCAUGACAUUAUGAAACUGUUUAGUGACUUCUCUUUACUUUCGAUUAUAAUGGACGAUUGUCGUAUAACACGUUCAAAAAUUGCGUAUGCUCAAUUCGUUAAAAGUGAGGAGGCAAGAGCAGCUUACGAGCGCAAAGAUACUUAUGCGUUCGGAAGACGUCAAGCGGCAAUAACACCUUUGACUGAAGAAGAAUAUGAAGAAGUUAAACAUAAAUUCGACAAAAGCAAUGCGCCGUCGUCGAAUAAAACAGAAAUGUCUCUACCUCGAGACCCACGACAACGUCGACAAGAAAAUAAUGGUCCAAUAGCCCCGCCUGCGCCAAUGAUGAUGCAAAAUCAGCCACAUGGACCUGGGUUCUUCCCCAACCCCUCAUUCCCUAAUAACAUGUCCGCCUAUUCAGCUCAGAAUGGAGCUCAAUUUGGUUUUCCUAACCAAGGCGUAGUUGACCCUAGAACCGCAGCGGCAAACUGGGCUUCUCGUCCGCAAUUUCCCAAUCAGAAUACGUCUUUUGGAAAUCAAGGUCCGGCUGUGGUUAAAAACAAUAUGCCUGUUGAAACAGAGGAAGAACCUCUUGACUCGGUUCUCAUGAAGGGUUUGCCGCGCAACGCUACAGAUAGAACUAUUGUUCACUUCCUCUCCGAUACUGGAGCCGUUCCUUCAAGGAUCCACCUGAUGUUGGACACAAAUGGACUCCCGUCCGGUGAUUGUUUUUGUGAAUUUAGAUCGGAACAGGAAGCUAGACAAGCUGUAUCAAAGCAUGGUCACAUGUUAGAAGGUUGCCGAAUUACAGUAGAUUUGGUUAUGAAAAGCGUAGUUGAAGAUGCUUUAGAGGGCCCAAAAGAACCAAAGAACACGCAAGGCUUCAUGGGUAACGGCCCGACGUUCUUUGAAGCUCAACGAGGUGGGUUCGGAGAACCACAUCAUGGUUUCAGAGGUCGCGGUGGCUAUGAGCGUGGAGGUUUUAGAGGUGGCUUUGAUCCUAGCCGUGGUGGUUUUGAUCGCGGGCGGGGAGGAUUCGAUCAAGGACGCGGCGGAUUCGAAGGUCGAGGUGGAUUUGACCGCGGUAGUUACAGAGGUCGCGGAGGCUGGAAUGAGCGGGCGCGAGGCUUUGAAAGAGGCAGAGCCCGCGGGCGGGGCCGCGGAGUUUUCGAAAACGGCCCCCGCCCGACUGAAGAUGAGCCGGACCCAGCGCUUGAGGACUUCGGAGCGCCAGGCUGUGUUGUUUCUAUGGAGAAUGUACCAUUUAGAGCGAGCGUGGAUGAUAUUUUAGCCUUUUUCGGUGAUUUCGAAUUGACACAAGAUGAUGUUAUAAGGCGUUACAACGAGCGGGGCCAGCCCACAGGUGAUGCGCGGGUCGCGUUCCGAACGCCAUUUGACGCACAACGGGCGAUCAAAACGCGACAUAUGAACACUAUAUUUGAAAGACGGGUUAGUCUCACACUGAUGUAG